AUGGCAUGUAAAUCGCGUGCUAGACUUAUCCUUGGCGUAGGAGUCUUCUCUUUGAUCUGGUGGGUGUUCUUCCUGCCCGUGCCGCAUAGUGGCGGCUUCCAUGAAAUCACGAGCGCGCCGCUCCCGCCGCUAGACUUUUUAAAGGCGACCACGGAUCGCGACCAGAGACAUGCAGAGUACUACACCUCCAAGGUGGCGCGUGAGUUUUGCGCCGCGCAUGGGUUCUCGGUUUUCAAGCCGCGCAGAGUUUCCGGUGAGCGCAAAGUAUACGACCUCGUCAUGGUGAAUUCGGAACUGGACUUUCUCGAGAUUCGGCUCAACACGAUAUACGACCAUGUCGACUAUUUUAUCAUUGUGGAGUCGCCGAAGACAUUCCAGGGCGAGGACAAGCCCCUUAUCAUCAAGGAAAACUGGGGCAAGUUCCGUCGCUACCAUGAUAAGAUGAUUUAUCAUGAGUUACAGUUUCCAACCACGUUCAACCCGCAUCGUGCGUGGGACUAUGAAGACUUGCAGCGGGACGCCAUGUACGAGCAGGUUAUGCUUGGAUUGAAGGGGCAAAGGUUUCCGGUUCAAGGGGACGUCAUUGUGGUUGCCGACGUUGACGAGAUCCCCCGUCCGCAAGCGCUACUCGUGCUACGCUCUUGCAACUACCACCGACGCCUCACGCUCGCUUCUAAAUUCUACUACUACUCCUUUCAGUUCCUACACACUGGACCGGAAUGGCAGCACCCGCAAGCAACGUACUACGAAGGAUCACGCACCCUCAAGCCCACCAACCUGCGCAAUGGGGAUGGCGGGUUUGCCCCAUUCCGCGGCCGAGAAAAGGGCGUGUUGAAUAACGCAGGGUGGCAUUGCAGCAGCUGCUUCGCGACAAUAGAGCAGUUCCUUAACAAGAUGGCCAGCUUCUCCCACGGGUGGAUGAAUGCUGAACCGUAUCGAGACAAGGACAGGAUCGCGGCGGCGGUGAGAGAAGGGAGAGAUGUAUGGGAGAGGCAGCAGGACACAUUUACCAGGCUUGAUGAGAACAAGGACAUGCCUCCGCUGGUGCUCGAGGAGCCAAAGCGCUUUGGCUACAUGACGAAUCGGGAUGGACCUUCAGCAGGGUUUACGGACUAUCUACAACCGGAUAAAUAGCCAAAGGAAGAAUUUAGGAGUAUAUCUUGACAUCGAGG